GCUGUGUGGAAUUGCUCCACACAGUUUAAAUUACUCCACACAAGUUCCAAGGCUGUGUGGAGGCUCUGAUAUCCACCACCAUCCUUACCUAUAGAGGAAGUUUUUUCUGUCAUCAGUUACUGAUUCAUUCCAGGGAAAGUCUGCUUUCCAGUUUGAUUUGAAUGCCGGUCCUCUAAUCAACUGGAGAAAAGGAGUCACUUAUAUAAGCUAAAGAAAAGGAAACGCUCCUGCAAUACAGCUCACAUGAAUAGCUAGGACUGAGCACUGUUUGGCUCCUGAAAUCCGGCAUCUGCAUCUUCUCACCCCAUUUCUUUAGGGCUGUUUUGACUGGAAGGAGCGGGAAUUUGGGAGGCUUUCCUCUUCUGACUGAUUCUUUUUCGAGGCAGUCAGUGAAGGCAAAUGGAAGGCAUGACCCCCUCUUCAGACAAAGAUCUCAACAGGCUAGAUAACUCCAGCUUUGUGGGUGAACAUGGGAGCUCCUGCCAUUCCUCACCAGCUCGUGCUGCCCGGGGCCCAGAGGAAGGUGGGGACACUGGCCACAGUGGAACCAAGCUUGGCUACAUUGUCACAGAUGUGCCUCCCUGGUAUCUGUGCAUCCUGCUGGGCCUUCAGCACUUCUUGACAGCCAUAGGAGGUCUUGUAGCCGUCCCGCUGAUCCUCUCCAAAGCGCUUUGCCUCCAGUUUGACCUACUCACCCAGAGCCACCUGAUCAGCACCAUCUUCUUUGUCUCAGGAAUUUGCACCCUGCUGCAAGUCCUCUUUGGAGUCAGGCUGCCUAUUAUUCAAGGAGGGACUUUCACAUUCCUGACCCCCACCUUGGCAAUGCUGUCUCUCCCCACUUGGAAGUGCCCUGCCUGGACACAGAAUGCCACCCUGGUGAAUACCUCUUCACCAGAAUUCAUCCAAGUCUGGCAGACACGGAUGCGAGAGGUGCAAGGAACUAUCAUUGUAGCUUCUUGCUUUCAAAUCUUCGUUGGAUUUUCGGGCCUGAUUGGAUUUCUGAUGAGGUUCAUCGGCCCCCUGACAAUUGCCCCCACCAUCACCUUGGUUGCAUUACCUCUGUUUGAGUCGGCUGGGGAUAUGGCUGGGCAGCACUGGGGCAUGGCAUUCAUGACAAUUUUUUUCAUAGUUCUGUUCUCUCAGUACUUGAAAGAUGUUGCUGUGCCGCUGCCAUCUUACCAGAGAGACAAGAAGCGCCACUUCUCUCCCAUCUACGUCUUCCAGAUCUUCCCGGUGCUGCUGGGGCUGUCCCUGAGCUGGCUGCUGUGCUACGUGCUGACAGUGACCAGCGUCCUGCCCGCGGCCCCCAGUGCCUACGGACACCUGGCCCGGACUGACACCCGCGGCGACGUUCUGUCACAGGCGCCCUGGUUCCGGCUGCCUUACCCAGGCCAGUGGGGAACGCCGACGGUGAGCCUGGCCGGCAUCUUUGGCAUCCUGGCCGGGGUGAUCUCGUCCAUGCUGGAGUCCGUGGGAGAUUACUACGCGUGUGCCCGGCUGUGCGGGGCCCCGCCGCCGCCGCAGCACGCCAUCAGCCGCGGCAUCGGCGUGGAGGGCAUCGGCUGCCUCCUGGCCGGGGCCUGGGGCACGGGCAGCGGCACCACAUCCUACAGCGAGAAUGUGGGGGCCCUGGGCAUCACCAAGGUAGGGAGUCGAAUGGUGAUCAUUUCUGGUGCCUGUACCAUGCUCCUGAGUGGCAUCUUUGGGAAGGUUGGGGCAAUGCUUGCCAGCAUUCCCAUCCCUGUGAUUGGAGGCAUGUUCCUUGUGAUGUUCGGAGUUAUCGCAGCAGUGGGGAUUUCCAAUUUACAGUACACAGAUAUGAACUCCUCAAGGAACAUCUUUAUCUUUGGAUUUUCUCUAUUUGCUGGCCUCACAAUUCCCAACUGGGCAAGCAAAAAUAGUACGCUGUUGGAAACAGGAAUCAUCCAGCUUGACCAAGUAAUCCUGGUGCUUCUCACCACUGGCAUGUUUGUGGGUGGGCUUCUGGGCUUUAUCCUGGAUAACACUGUUCCAGGAACACAGGAAGAGCGAGGGCUCCUGGCAUGGAAGCAAAGCCAUGAGGGAGGGACAGAGAGCUCUCAGCUGGUUUCCAAGGUCUAUGAUCUUCCGUUUGGCAUAGGCACCAAAUAUUGCAAUGUCUCUUGGUUUCAGUAUCUCCCUGCUUGCCCCAAAAGACUGUCUUGUGACAACAGAAUGGAUGAACUGAAGGCUGCUGGGCAGAAAAACAGUGUUAAAGCAAGCUUAGACAGAAACUUUGAGAUUCGUGCUGAUACAAGGAUAUAAGCACCUGGCCUGCAAGUGAACUCAUCUCAGAAAGAACCUAAUUCCUCUUCGAGGAACACCAAAGCCCAAGAAAUGCCUAGAAAAGAUGUUCCGUUUCCUUCCUUGCACUGACCCUUGGGCACCCAAAGGGGCAGCUAUUCAGCUGAAGCAGAAGGGCUUCCUGUCCUCUGGUCUGGCAGCUGAAGGAGACAAUGGAGAAGGCAUCCCUGAUGUGGGCCUUGUACCACUCUGGGCUAAUCUCCAGCACCUUAAAGCAACAUUCACCUCUCAGCUUGUGCUUUAUACCUCAUCCUGGCCAAGGGGAAGGAGCAGCUGUAUCAAAGUCAUAAUUAAUCUCAUUCCAUAUUCCCAUAAUUUAGCCAGCCAAAUGAAUGUUGCCGUUAGAGAGGCAUCUAAAGUUAAUGGUAUGGAUUAUCUUCUGAACCUGUCUCUUCUGCCUCAGACCACAAAGGGACUCUAGAGACCUUAGUUAAGUUCUUGACCUGACAGAAAAAACCAGCUUCGCUGAAAUGUAUACCACCUUUGGAGUGCUGGGAGGAGUCUCAGGCAAACCAGUUUCCUGUGGGGCACCCAACCCUACAAAGAUGAAGGAAUGCUCAUCAAAUAUAUUGGACAAAACACUUCUGCUCGCAAUCUUAUGCAUCCCUAUGCUACUGCUAUGUCCUGUGUAUCCUUGAUGUACCUGUUUGGUCUGGUGUGGUUAUUGUGUGGUGACAAGCACUUCCCUGGAAAACAGGUGUGCAGGUUAUUGCUCCUAUUCCCUAUUAGCUUCAACCUGUAAUGCCACAUGCAAUGUGAUCACAUGUGGUCCUGGUUGCUGAUGGUGUGUAAUAACAUUGUUGCUGUAGCAUAAGCUUGUGCUUCCUUCACUGAGAUUAAUACUUGCUUUUUUGUAAGUAUAAUAAUUAAUAAAUAAUAAAAUGUACACUGUAA